AUGGGUCACCCCGAAAUCUUUUUGGAACCAGACGACCAAGAUCCAGCCUCCUACUACGGUAUAUUGACAGUCGACAUUUUACCACUCUAUAGUUUAUACAAUCCCGUGUUGCCCCUUCGACAUGGAAAAAAACUGACGUUUCCAUUAUGUCAAAAAUGUGUGGAAGAUGAAAGUGCCAAACCGAUGAUGGGAAGAAAUUAUUAUUGUAGUCAUGGUGUGGAGGAUCGCAUGCUCACCGGUACUUGGUGUACGUCCGAAAUCAUGAAAGCUGUCGAAAAAGGGUAUCAGGUUCUUGGCAUACACGAAGCAUGGCAUUUCCCACCAGACCAAAGAAAGCAAGGUCUUUUUGCCCCGUACGUAGACACCUGGUUGAAGAUAAAACAAGAAAGUAGUGGUUACCCCAGCUGGGCACAAACGGACGCGCAAAAAGAAGAUUAUGUUAAAAAUUACAAGGCAAGAGAAGGGAUAGACUUAGACCCCCAGCACAUCAAGAAAAAUCCAGGAAGAAAGGCCACUGCCAAACUGAUGCUGAACUCCUUUUGGGGAAAGUUUGGCGAACAAAUGAACAAGAUGAAAACGAUGCAAAUCACAGAACCACACGAGCUGAUUGAUCAUUUAAACGACACGACGAUUGAAAUAUCAGACAUACGCAUUUUGAGUGCUGAUGUGAUUGAAUUGACGUAUAAGAAGAUAGAAGAGGAUGCAGUAAAGAACUAUGGGUAUGCGACGAAACAUGGGAAAAUCGUCUGUAAAGUUCGUGGCUUUUCCCUAAACGUGCGUGGUGCCAAACAGCUUAAUUAUCAGGUCAUGAGGCAAAAUAUUAUGGAUGAAAUUUUAGACCCGCAAGACGAAAGAAGAGACACUGACAUUGUGAACCCGAGACAUUUUAAGCGUGAUCCAAUUACCAAGAAGAUUAAGACAGAAACACAAGUCAAAAAAUAUGGUUUGGUAUUUGACAAGCGGGUACUUCAUGUAGGAACAUUUAAAUCGUAUCCCUACGGAUAUGCCCAGUUUACAGGAUUCGAUGCACAAGACAUUUUAAACAUUGAAACACUUAUAUGA